CGCUUUGACUGCGUCGGCGGCGACAGAGCAUCUAGCAACAUGACUGACGCGCUGUGGAUUAACAUCACUGCGGUUUAAGACUGGACACGACAGGGACCAUGGCUGAGAGUUGUCAAAUAGGGAUGGACGGAGAUCAGACUGUAGGAUGGCUUUCCCUGCCUCUUACAUCUCACACUUAACCUCUGGUAAUAAAUCUAAAGCACUAAAACAUCCUGAGACGCUGAAUAUUAAACAAGAGCAGUGAGGAGGAAAAUGAAGAGGGAUUUCUGUUGCUUCAACAUAAUUCUGUAUUCUGGUGUUGGAAUGGGUGGAGAUCAUCGAGCCGCGGACUCGAGAGCGAAUGUAUGCCAACCUGUUGACGGGCGAGUGCGUGUGGGACGCCCCGGCCGGCGUCCGGAUCAAGCGCAGCGGACAGGACCAGUGGUGGGAGCUUUUCGACUCGAAAACGUCCAGAUUCUACUACUACAACGCUUCGACCCAACGCACCGUUUGGCACCGCCCCCACAGCUGUGACAUCAUUCCCCUCGCCAAGCUCCAAACCCUGAAGCAGAACACCAACACUACUCCGCCCCCUAUUGCUACGACGACCAGCGCUUCCGCUGACAGCAGCCCCGCCCGCAGUGCCGUCAGCACGACAUCGUCGCAGGACCAGGAGGAGAAAACAUCAGCCAAUGAGGAGGGAGAGAGGUUCAGGUGGGGUACCGGGACCAGAGAAAGGAUGCUCAUCAAGGUAUCAGAUCGGGAACCCAGUUUUUUAUCGCAGGGAAACGGAUAUUCCAGUUCUCCACGUUCCAGGCGAUCGUCCAACAAUGCUACUUCAGACCCUGAAGCCACGCCCCAUCCCAUGUCUGACCUCCCCCAAUCACAGUCUCCAUUCCUAAAGAGGGCAGAGUUAAGCGGCACUCAGCGUCGUUGCUCCGGGGAUUCCCAGCCUUCAUCUCCUCGCUAUGCUUACGAGCCUCCUCUCUACGAGGAACCGCCCUCGGAAUACCAGUCCCCACCUAUUUAUGAGGAACCACCUACAGACAUGCAUUGCGAGCCUGCCUUUUAUGGCACCGAUAGAUCACCGGUUCGAAAACCAGGUCUUUACCACUCCCCCAAACAAAGCCCGUCUCCUUACGGUCAACUAGUUUUGACGAGACAGCGGAGCGCUACGCCCGAGAAGAUAGCCAAUCAGAGCGAUCGAGACUACAGCUCUGCGGGGCGGGACUAUAGCUCCAGUGGGCGGGAUUAUAGCUCUACUAUUAGGGAUUACAGCUCCGCUGGGCGGGAUUACAAUUCUAGCGGGCGGGAAUAUAGCGCAGCAGGGCGAGAAUAUGUAAAGCAGCUAGUUUAUGUUGAGCAGUCAGGCUCCUCCCCUCGGUUUAGGACGACAGAGCGUCUUCUGAGCUACGGGACGACUAGCUCGAACAGCUUGUCGGCUGGAAUGUGUUACGGCGGCUCCUUUACGCUGCAGCACAGUCACGACCACAACGGCGGCAAUCGAAAACGUAAGAACCGCAAGCCUUCUCUUCCUGGAGGCGAAGGGGAAAGCAUGGGAACUGGGCUCGGGGCAAUGAUAACUCAAGCCCGAUUGGCCUGGGAGGCUCAGCAGCUAUUACAUCAACGAGGGGGUGUGUCCUCCGACCAGGGAGGGAAGGAUGGGUAUGAAAGCGACGGGGCCACGCCCCUGCCUCUUCCCGGUCCGGUUGUGCGGGCGUUCAGCGAAGACGAGGCCCUUGCCCAACAAGAUGCUCACUGGAAACGCGCCACAUUGGACAGACUGGCGUUUCCACAGGCCCUGUUAGAAAAAAGUUUAUCUGUGCAAACUAACCUGGCAUCACCUGAACCUUACCUCCAUCCCUCGCAGUCGGAAGAUCUGGGAGCGUGUUCUCAGUUUGAAGCCAGCCGGAACGCUCGAAACAUGAUGCCGAGCGCGAGCUGUGGCAUUUUCCCAGAAUUCACGCUUCGCAAGCCGUCCUCAGAGACGGACAUCGAGAACUGGGCCUCCAAACACUUCAACAAGCACACGCAGGGUUUGUUCAGGAGAAAAGUCUCUAUUGCUAACAUGUUAGCCUGGAGCAGUGAGCCCAUCAAGAAACCCAUGAUAGUGACCAACGACCGGACCGUCAAACGCGAAGCCGUGGAUCUCUUCAAAAUGAUUCAGACGUACAUGGGGGAUCGUCGAGGGAAAGGUGACCCGCUGUCGGUGGCUCUGGAGGUGGCUGUGAGAGGAUGGAGCUGUCAGGGUUUGAGAGAUGAGCUUUAUAUCCAGCUGUGUCGUCAGACCACCGAGAACUUUCGCUAUGACAGCCUUCAGAGGGGCUGGGAGCUCAUGGCCAUCUGUUUGGCUUUCUUCCCCCCAACCCCUCGCUUCCACAACUACCUGGAGGGCUACAUCUAUAGACACAUGGAUCCUCUGAAUGACACCAAGGGAGUGGCGAUAAGCAGCUAUGCAAAAUACUGUUACCGUAAACUCCAGAAAGCGGCACUUACGGGUGCCAAGAAGGGUUUGAACAAGCCGUCGUUGGAGGAGAUCGCUCACGCCCGUAAUGCCAUCUUCAGGCCCUCCAUGUUUGGUUCGUCUCUUGAGGAAGUGAUGGCAAUGCAGAAGGAGCGGUACCCUGACCAUCAGUUACCAUGGGUACAGACGCGUCUCUCAGAGGAAGUGCUCGGCUUGAACGGAGAUCAGACUGAAGGAAUCUUUAGGGUGCCAGGAGAUAUAGAUGAAGUUAACGCACUGAAAUUACAGGUUGACCAAUGGAAAGUGCCGCCAGGACUCGAGGAUCCACAUAUUCCAGCGUCUCUGUUGAAGCUGUGGUACAGAGAGCUGGAGGAGCCUGUGAUUCCUCAUGAGUUUUAUGAGCAGUGUGUCAUGAACUAUGAUAAUCCCUCAGCUGCUGUUAAUGUUGUUCUCAGCCUCCCUCACAUCAACAAACUGGUGCUCUGCUACCUCAUCCGGUUCCUACAGGUAUUCGCUCAACCGGCCAGUGUUGUCCUGACUAAGAUGGAUGUCAGUAAUCUGGCAAUGGUAAUGGCUCCUAACUGCCUUCGCUGUCUGUCCGAUGACCCGCGCGUCAUAUUCGAGAACACUCGGAAAGAAAUGAGCUUCAUCCGUGUGCUAAUCCAACACCUCGAUACCAGUUUCAUGGAUGGGGUGCUAUAGCCAAACAUACAUUAAUAUUCACACCUAACCAUUUGCACAUCAUUUUCAGAUGAAAAGAAUCGUUCACCUACACAACCUCGUCCAGCUUUUCUAGGUUACACAAACCUUUUCCUAUACACACAUAAAACACACUUCAAGAAAUCUCUUUCAAUCAGUAUUUAUGUCUUGUUUUCUAGUAAAAACAUCUAAGCUUAACCUUAACACACCAUCAGUUUCAACAUUUGAAAAUUAAUUAAAACAGUUUUCAGUGAAUAUUUUUAAGUUGAAGAGUUACGUAACUUUGUUUCUUGUACGCAUAAACCUUAACUAGGGAUGCACUGAUACAAAAUUUCUGUGCCGAUAUUCUAUUUCUUAAAAUCACAUCUACCGAUACCAAUCGUUUUGCUCAUUGUUUCGACUUAAGAUGACGUGAAAAAAGUGCAGAGCGUACAAACUGCAGCCCUGUUGUCAUUGUGUUUUUAAACAAUUGGCCGAUGAUCUGCCGAUACCGAUUAUAGACCAAUAUAUUGGUGCAUCCCAAACCUUAAUGCAUUUCUUUUCAUUUUAUGAUUUUUAAAAAUGUGUUGAUUUUUCCUACUUUGAUCACGUUUAGAUGUUUUCACAGUACUGCAAAACAAAACAUAUGAACUGAUUAUAAAAUAUAUUUAUUCAGCAGUCCAUUCCCUUUCAAAGACUUUUCCAAACACAUGAAAACAUUGGGCUGAACAAAUCUUCAAUCCUUGAUGAUUUUUGAAUGUUUCUGUGUGGAUAAACCAUCCGUCCUUACAUGCUAGUGAUGCUCCUGCUUUGGUUUUUAGCGUGCAUGUAUGUACUGAAUGUGUCUGUUAAUGUUUUUUAACUUGACUGACUCGUAGGACUUUCUCUCUGAUUUUAUAUGAUUAAUUUAUUUGUUAUUUAUUUAAAUAAGGGUUUGUAAGUACUGUACUGCCAUUUGAAAUAGAAAACAUUGGUCUUAUCUCACCACCGUGUGUAUGAGAGUGUGUGUGUGUGUGUGUGUUUAAAUUUAACACCUGUCACAUUUACACCAUAUUGUUUUAUACAUUGGUUGUUUAAGUCUCACUAAAAAGACACAAACAACACAAAUUCACUCACGGUUAAACUACCUACAUAAAAGGUGAAGUGUGUAGUUUAUUUCUGCCUCAGUUGCAGCAUCAGAAGAAAACAGGGAAAAUCAUUUUAGAUUUGAAUAUUCUCUGAAGAACAUGCUAAACUAACCCUGUGAUGCUAGAUGGUUGUGGCUGGUUACCAGGAUGUCACUGUGUUGUUGCUAAGGUGUUUUACAUGGUUGCUAGGAGGUUGGUCGUGGUUGCAAUGGUUUUGUUAUUCUGAUUGAUUGACAGAUUAUCCACAUGUUAACCUAUCCACUUAAAUAAAUAGCAAUGUUUAUUCUCAAAUCAACCAGCAGAUGGCUUACUGGUGUUGUCGAUGAUAUUUUAAUAUUUUUAAAAAUUAUACACUUCACCUUUAAAUUCUCACAUACAUUCUCAUCACAACAUACAAGCAUGCAAACACGCACACAUAAAGAUUUGGUUUGGUGCUUGUAUUUAUCCACACUGCCAAACAAUUAUUGACACUCGUGGCCAAUCCUGCCUUCAGGAGGAGAUUUACGGAGAAACAGAUGAGAUGAAGAAGAGAUAGGAGUGAGAACAACAACACAAGAGAGAUUAUAGGGUUCAUGAAGAACAUGUACAGGUCAUAUGUAUUUCUUCAUAUUCAUUACUGUAAUGGUGCCAUAAUGUCAUGACAUCUGGUGUUGAUGUAUAAAUAUACUUUUUAAAUAGCUCCCACAUUAAAAUAAUGAAAAAUUUUCAUUUCUUAUCAUAACUUACAGUGUUACCUUUUAAAAUAACAUUUUCAUUUCAUUUGUGUGAAAUAUGAUCUGGACAUGUUCUUCAUAAGAUAUCGCAAUGUUUGGCUUCACGUCAGUACACACACAUGUAUCACGGCCAUUAAUUCACAUCUUCAUGUGUACAGAACAGCGUGUAAAAAAACGACAAAAUAAAGAAACUAAAAGAAAUGAAAAAUAACAAAAUAGUUACUACAGAAUUUAAAUGCAGGAGAGUUAAAUAUUCACACAUUUAGGUUUGGAUCACAAAACUCACCCAUUAGCAUAAAUGUAGAUUUUGAAAAAUUAGAAAAAAUUAAAGCAGAUGAUAAAGAAGUGAAAUAUAAUUGUAAGUAAAAUGGAAAAGUUACAAAUAUGUGAUGUUCGUGAACAAACCACUGUGACCAACGUCCCGAACCAGCACUCGCACACAAACACAAAACACCAAUGACAGCUGAAGCACCACAAACAGGAUUAUGGGUAAAUGUGAUGUAUACAGAGAGACUUUCUCAUGACGUGUUUGUCACAGGUUUGCUCUGUAAUUAUAAAGUCAUGUUAAUAAAACCCUCUUCAUCUUUUCGUUCUGAGCUCAAAGGUUACAUUACAGUCAUACUGAACAUUGUUUAUUAAACAGUUCAAAGGAUUCAUUCA